AUGGCGGUGUAUGCCCUUACCGGAUUCUCAGUGGUCAGCCUACUGAGUUUUGGCUACCUCUCCUGGGACUGGAUGAAGCCCAACCAGGUGGAGAACGAACCCAUCCUGGACCUAAAAGACAAUGGCUCUCCGUUCACGCGCAGACAACCCCCUCACAUCAUUUUCAUACUGACAGAUGACCAGGGCUUUCACGACAUCGGCUACCACGGCUCCGACAUCCGAACCCCGGCGCUGGACAAGCUGGCCGCUGAGGGCGUGAAGCUGGAGAAUUACUACAUCCAGCCCAUCUGCACGCCCUCGCGCAGUCAGCUGAUCACGGGCAGGUACCAGAUCCACACUGGCCUUCAACACUCCAUCAUCCGGCCCCGGCAGCCCAACUGCCUGCCCCUGGACCAGGUGACACUGCCUCAGAAGCUGCAGGAGGCGGGCUACGCCACCCACAUGGUGGGCAAGUGGCACCUGGGCUUCUACAAGAAGGAGUGCCUGCCCACGCGGCGCGGGUUCGACACCUACUUUGGGUCUCUGACGGGCAGCGUGGACUACUACACCUACGACUCGUGUGACGGGCCCGGGCUGUGCGGGUACGACCUGCACGAGGGCGAGACGGUGGCCUGGGGCCGGGGGGGCAAGUACUCCACACACCUGUACACCCAGAGGGUGCGCAAGAUCCUGGCCACGCACGACCCCCGCCAGCCCGUCUUCAUCUUCCUGUCCUUCCAGGCGGUGCACACACCCCUGCAGUCACCCAAGGAGUACAUAUAUCAGUACCGGGACAUGGGCAACGUGGCCCGCAGGAAGUACGCGGCCAUGGUGUCGGUGGUGGACGAGGCGGUGCGCAACAUCACCUAUGCCCUGCGCAAGUAUGGCUACUACCAGAACAGCGUCAUCGUCUUCUCCACCGACAACGGGGGCCAGCCCUUCGCCGGGGGCAGCAACUGGCCACUGCGGGGGCGCAAGGGGACCUACUGGGAGGGGGGCAUCCGCGGGGUGGGCUUCGUCCACAGCCCGCUGCUCCGGAGAAGGCGGAAGGUCAGCCGGGCCCUGGUGCACAUCACGGACUGGUACCCGACUCUAGUGGGCCUGGCGGGGGGGAAUGUCUCCGCUGGCGACGGGCUGGACGGGUAUGACGUGUGGCCGGCAAUCAGCGAGGGGAAGGAGUCGCCACGGCGGGAGAUCCUGCACAACAUCGACCCGCUCUACAACCACGCCAAGCACGGCUCCUGGCAGGACGGCUUCCGCCUCUGGAACACGGCCGUCCAGGCCUCCAUCCGCUCCGGCGACUGGAAGCUGCUGACCGGCGACCCUGGGUACGGCGACUGGAUCCCGCCGCAGACGCUGGCCGACUUCCCUGGCAGCUGGUGGAACCUGGAGCGCCGCACUGACAUCCGCAAGUCGCUGUGGCUCUUCAACAUCACCGGCGACCCCUACGAGCGCUACGACCUCUCCAGCCAGCGGCCGGACGUGGUAAAGGAGCUGCUGGCCCGCCUGGCCUACUACAACCGCACCGCCAUCCCCGUGCGCUACCCGGCUGAGGACCCGCGGGCGAACCCCGAGCUGAACGGGGGGGCAUGGGGGCCCUGGGCCGGGGAUGACGAGGAGGACAGCUGGGACAGCGUCUACCAGAAGAAGAGCAAGCUCAAGAAGAAGAAGAAGUGCAAAAUCUGCAAACUGACAUCCUUCUUCAGGAAACUCAACACCGGGAUUAUGUCCAACAAAAUAUAA